AUGGCAGAUAUUAAAAACUUUCUCUAUUCAUGGUGUGGGAAGAAAAAAGUUGUACCACAAUAUGAAUUCCGAAGUGCUGGAUCCAAACAUCGACAGAGAUUCAUGUGUGAAGUACGUGUACAAGAUUACGAUUACAUCGGUGUUGGUAAUUCUACGAGCAAGAAAGAUGCCCAAGCAAACUGUGCAAGGGAUUUUGUAAACUACCUCGUCAGAACUGGUAAUUGCUUGGCGAGUGAGGUCCCACAAACUGGGGCUAAUCCAUUACCAAGUGUAUUAGAGACUGCUGGUGGUGCUGCAUUGCCUGAUGGAGCUGGUGUUCUGCCGUCUGGUGUGGCACCCCCUCCACAUCAAAGCGCAAGUAUUAGUAUCGGACCUGGAGAAGGUACAGCUAGAAUGUUGCCAUCUUUAUUUGAUGCUAGUCAACCUGGUGGAGGAGAGGAGGGAUUCAGACAGAAGUAUUUUGAUGCAGCUGGAGAUCGUAAAAAGUUUAGGGGUAAGACGAAUCUAUAUUUUGGGACACCAAAGCCAUUAUACACUGGUGAAAGUGUUGAUUUGAAUGCUGGUCUCCAUGGCAACUGGACUUUUGACAAUGCCAAAUCUCGUUUACAUCAGUUUAUGCAGACAAAUCGCAUCAAUGCGGAGUAUAAAUACACCACGGUUGGUCCGGAUCACAAUAGGAGUUUUGUUACUGAAUUAACUAUCUUUGUGAAGCAGCUGAAGCGAAAUGUAUAUGCCCGUGAACAUGGUUCUAAUAAGAAGCUCGGAUCGCAGGCAUGUGCGUUAUCGCUAGUCAGACAGCUAUUUCAUCUCGGGGUUAUAGAGCCGUAUGGUGGUCCGAAAAAGAAGAAAGACUCUGAAGAAAUGCCACCUUAUAAUGUUGGGAUGAGUCCAGAAUUGGAGACUCAGUUGUCUAACACACUACAGGCUUUUGACGUGCGGCCAGUGCCAGAAGUGAAACCAGAAGAGGGAAAUGAAUCUGGGACUUCGUUGGUAAUUGCAAAACAAGAAAGAUUUCAGAAUUCACAGCCAUCUAGAGGAGGAGUUGUACCGUGGUCACCACCGCAACAAAACUGGAAUCCCUGGAUAAGCUGCAACAUUGAUGAAGGACCUCUAGCCUUUGCUCCAUUGGAACAAGUGAGUCAAGAUUUGCAGAAAUCUCAACAACAUCAGAUGGCUACUGACAAGGACUUGCAGAAGAUGUUAGCUGAACGUGCCGAAUUACCAGUACAUGAUUCACUGCAAAAUAUUUUAGAGACAAUAAACAGAAAUCCAGUUGUAAUUAUCAGAGGAGCUACAGGGUGUGGUAAGACUACACAGGUACCACAGUUUCUGUUAGACGAAAUGAUAAAAAUGGGACUAGGUGCAUAUUGCAAUAUUAUUGUAACACAGCCUAGAAGAAUCAGUGCUAUAUCUGUAGCGGAGAGAGUGGCUAACGAACGUGGUGAACACCUGGGUAUGAGUGUUGGCUACUCUGUGAGAUUUGAAUCUGUGUUGCCGAGAGCAUUGGGUGCUAUGCUGUUCUGCACUGUUGGUACUCUACUGAGGAAAUUAGAGGCUGGUUUGAGAGGUAUAUCACAUGUAAUUAUUGAUGAAAUCCAUGAAAGAGAUAUCAAUACUGAUUUCUUACUGGUUGUGAUUCGUGAUAUGGUACGUGCUUACCCUGACAUGAGAGUAGUGUUGAUGUCAGCAACCAUCGACACUACAAUGUUUUCACAAUACUUUGGUGAUUGUCCAGUAGUAGAAGUGCAUGGAAGAACACAUCCUGUGCAAGAGUAUUACUUGGAAGAUUGUGUGCAAAUGUUGGGAUUUGUACCGCCAUCGGAUAGUAGGAAAAGAAAACGUGAUGUAGAUGAUCUUCCGGAUGGUGACGAUGGGGAUGAUGAGAAUUGCAAUAAAAUGAUCAGUAAUGAAUACAAUCCAGCAACCAAGGCUGCCAUGUCUCAACUCAGUGAGAAAGAAAUGUCAUUUGAACUAAUUGAGUCAUUGUUGCGGUAUAUCAAGGGUCUUGGUGUUCCUGGUGCUAUAUUAGUUUUCUUACCAGGAUGGAAUCUAAUUUUUGCAUUGAUGAGACAUCUACAGGACCAUCCUGAGUUUGGUAGCAGGAAUUAUUGUAUACUGCCUUUACAUUCACAAAUACCGAGGGAAGACCAGCAUAGAGUCUUUGAACCUGUACCAGAAGGAGUUACCAAGAUUAUUCUGUCAACAAACAUUGCAGAGACAAGUAUCACCAUCAAUGAUGUGGUCUUUGUCAUUGAUUCAUGCAAAGCUAAGAUGAAGUUGUUUACAUCGCAUAAUAACAUGACCAAUUACGCUACAGUGUGGGCUUCAAAAACAAACCUAGAGCAAAGAAGAGGCAGAGCUGGCCGCGUCCGUCCAGGAUUUGCUUUCCAUCUUUGCAGUCGACUAAGAUUUGAAAAGCUGGACACUCACUCUACUCCAGAAAUUCUACGUACGCCCCUCCAUGAGUUAUCACUGGCGAUCAAGUUAUUAAGACUUGGUGGUAUUGGUCCAUUCUUAUCAAAGGCAAUUGAACCACCACCAAUUGAUGCUGUCAUUGAAGCUGAGGUGCUGCUCAAAGAUAUGAAUGCAUUAGAUGCCAAUGAUGAGUUGACACCACUUGGAAGAAUUCUUGCUAAACUACCAAUUGAACCAAGACUUGGUAAAACUAUUGUACUGGCAUGUGCUUUCUACCUUGGUGACGCAGUGUGUAGUAUUGCUGCUAGUACAUGCUUCCCUGAACCAUUUGUCACCGAUGCACGGCGGUUAAACUGGACACACAGACAGUAUGCUGGAACUCGUCAUAGCGACCAUGUUGCUAUGCUGAAUGCUUACCAGUCAUGGGAGGACGCUCGGUCAUAUGGUGAAGACAGUGAGAGACGUUUUUGUGAUUCUAAGUCGCUGUCCAUGCCAACCCUAAGAAUGACCGCUGAAGCUAAGAAUCAGUUACGUGACAUUCUAAUCAGUUGCGAUUUCCCAGAAGAUUGUGUGGCUCCCCAGGUGUUCAACUUCACUGGUCCCGAUUCCAACUUGGAUGUUGUCAUCACAUUGUUUGUGUUAGGACUUUAUCCUAAUGUGUGUAUACACAAAGAUAAACGUAAAGUGCUGACAACGGAAGGCAAAGCUGCACUCAUCCAUAAACACUCUGUCAAUUGCAGUAAUAGGGAUCAGAACUUUCCGUCUCCAUUCUUUGUGUUUGGUGAAAAGUUGCGGACACGUGCUGUAUCUGCUAAACAGAUGACGAUGGUUACACCUUUUCAGCUAUUGCUAUUUGGUUCAAGAACGGUGGAAUCUUUAAAUGGGAUUAUCAAGCUGGAUGACUGGAUUAACUUAAGGUUAAGUCACCAAUCCGCAGCCAAGAUAGUGGCACUGCGUCCUCCAGUGGAAAGAUUAAUUAUCAAGAUAGCCAGUGAUCCUCAGAUUAUUAGUGAACCUGCAGAGGAGGAUGAUUUGUUACUUAAAGUGAUCCGUGCCCUAUCAAAACCUAAUGCUGGUAAAUUUGGUGUUGAGAACCAAGCAUCUGGUGGUAACAGCAGCCAAUCAGGUUAUGGUCCUCCAUCACAAAGGCCCAGAUUCUCAUCUGACGGCGGUGGCGGCAGCGGAUACAGACCAAGAUUUGGCAGUGGUGGAGGUGGUUACCAAGGUGGUGGGGGAUAUAGAGGAGGUGGAGGGUACAGAGAAGGUGGAGGAUACAGAGGAGGUUACAGAGGUGGGGGAGGCUAUAGAGGUGGUUAUGGUGGAUAUCAAAGUGGAAGAGGGGGUGGAUAUAGAGGAGGCGGAAAUGGAUACAGGGGACAGGGUGGUAACAGUAAUUAUGGGGGAGCCGGUGGUAACAGUAAUUAUGGGGGAGGCGGUGGUAACAGUAAUUAUGGGGGAGGUGCUAGCAAUUACGGUGGUGUGGGAGGUAACAGUGAGUAUGGUGGAGCAGGAGGUAGUGAAUAUGGGGGAGGAAAUGAAUGAUAUCAAAAUUAGAAGAAUCAGUAAUCAAGACACUGAUUCAUGAAUAAUCAAUUUUGUUCAGUAAUGUAAUUUUACUUCAUCAAACUUUUAAAAGUAUUUUUCACUGGGAAAAUGGGAAAUAGCUCUAUAAAAUUUUUGUCAAAUUAGUGACAACAAAAAUUAAUUAUACCAGACAUCUUUGAUUAUUUUCAUAGAACAAACUAUGUUGCAACCACAACAACAUGUCAUUGGUUUUAUAUGAGUAACUGCCUUUUAUCUUUGUUUUUAUUAGUACUUGAAAUGUCCUGUGAUGUAUUGUUCACAAGGUAGCAAGCCCAGGAGGAUUAGAAGACUUUGUUCAUUGUUUGGGGGGGAGGCAAUAAAGAUUGAAAGAUUGCUUGCUACAAUCACAUGUUUUGUUUACAUUCUUCAUAUUUUGAAUACAAGUGUAUGUGGUUCACAAUCUCUGUAUGAAUACAUGUGUUUGUAUUAAAAUCUACAUAUG